AUGCAGCUGCAAGCGUUUAUUCUUAUUUUAACGAUCAUAUUGGGACUAGUUUCGUUAAGUGAAACCAUACCAUAUCCGAGGCAUGGUUAUAGGCAUGGCCACCGACGUGGUCACGGCCAUCAUGGAAGACAUUCUCCACGUGGCGGUUUCGGUCGAGGAGGUGGCUUCGGAAGUGGUUAUGGCCAAAGAGGAGGUUUUGGUCAAGGAGGUUUUGGUGGUGGAUUUGGACGUUUCCCAGGAUGA